AUGUUGGACCCCAACCCUAUCCCAUCGCCUUGGCCUUUGAAGGAUGAAUUCGUAGGCGCAGCCCCCUCCGGCGAUAAGGGGCCUUGGCAUCGUCUCGAAGACAUGCCCUCGUCAUUCGCUGCGCAGUAUGCCAGACUCAGCCAGCCGUGGCUCCCCGGAUUUUGGAAGCGAUUUCCAUACCGCGGGCUUGGCAUGUGGCUGUUGGCGCUCAUCGGAACUGUAGCAGCUAUUCUCAUUCUCGUCUAUAGUGACGGUGUGCCUGUGUCGAAUUGGGACGAACACAUCCAGCCGACGGUCUGGCUUGCUUUGACUUCUGCGUUGUCUGGCGCGUUCCUUGCUGUUGCGUUCACUGAAGGGGCGGCUAUCUCGUAUUGGCGAGCGGCUGGAAAGCCAGUGACGUUACAACAACUACAAGCUGUAUAUGGCUCGUCGACUGGCAUAAUACAAGCCAUCUUGAACUUGUUCACCUGGAAGUCAAAGACUCUUGGUUUAGCCUCUAUCUUGAUGACUCUGUCCGUUCUCCGCGGCCCUCUAAUGCAACGCGCUUCUGCCACAACAAACCACUACGAGGCGCAAAAAGGAACAAUCAACUUUCACAUCGCCCGCGAACUACCCACCAACUACGCCUCCAUCAUGACUGGUCGUACUCACUCGACCUCUCUACUCACCAAGAACUUUAGCGACGUUGCGCAAGGUUACAGUCGCCGAGAUGACAUGGCCGUGUUUGAUACGAGCUGCACCAACUGUACAACAUCUGUUCAAGGUUUUGGGUUCGAUGUCAACUGCACCGACACCACUCGCGACUUUAAUCUCACUAUCGGUGAUAGUCUCACGAAAGCUAUGCAAGGCGCGUAUUAUUUUCAGGUCAAUAUUACAGAGUACAGUGACUACAGCGUUUAUGCUAUGCCUGACGGCUCGUUUCUUCGUUACACGACUCUCUAUAAAGAUACCCAUCAGUGUGGCGGAAAGGUUAAGAUUCAGACUUGCGAUCUACACGCGGGAAUAACCAAGUUUCCUGUACGUAUGAACGGGAAGACAGUCGAGCUUGAAGGAACUUGGAAAGACGACAAGUUCACUGAACGCAAAUACAUGAUGCCCGCUAUGAUGGUAGCCAGCGGUUCAGGCAACAUCCUGGGUGGCUUCAGCAUGAUCGUCCAAGCUCUUUACAAGUCUGAAGCCUUCAUGACGUUCACCGGCGCUACAGGCUACGACGUCAGCUCAAAUGGGUUGCCUGCUACACAGUACUUGACGAUGAACGGCACAGUUCCUGGAUGUGAAGAUACCUGGGAAAACCCCAUGAAUGAUAUCAUCGAGCUCACUCGCGAUCUGGGCUUCCGAGCAAGUCUACAAUAUGCGAAGUACAACACAACCGAUAAGCAAAAUGUAGAGUACGACAGUGGCACGACGGCACUCGUGUACGUCACGGACUACAACAAGAUGUGGAUAGCAAUUGCAGUCUCACUCGUCGGUAUCUUUUCAGUCCUCCCAACAUUCUGGGGCUGGUGGGAGCUGGGACGAGACGUCAGUUUGAAUCCGCUGGAGAUCGCAAAUGCUUUUGGAACUGUUGGUGAGGAGUCGCAUCUCAUGAGAAACGUUGAUCCGAAUCAGAACGUGGGAGGUAUUGUAAAUGCUGUUAAUGAUAUUGGCCCGGUGAGAUAUGGAGCUUGGGAGAUGAGUGAUGGUGUUGUUAGACUUGGAUUUGCGGGAGCAGGGCUCGUGAGAAAUCCGUCCAAGGGCGAACGGUUCAAUUACUAA